AUGGGGGCAGGAGGGAGGGGAGAGGUCUCAGUGGGGCUCGGGGAAGCCAAGCUCAGGGACCAGUGGGAGGCAUUUCCCGGCUCCUCUGCACAGUCCUCGGUGUCGCCAAAGCCAAGCCCCAGCUCCAAAAGGCCUAGCCGGGCCCCCUCCCCACUCCCCGCCGAGGCCCGGCUCGCCCCCUCCGGCCCAGGCGCCUACCUGGCCGGACGUCGGACCCGGACCUCGUCCUCGCUGCUCCGCGCCGCGCCGCCGACUGGCCCACGAGCCGCCCGCGCCGCGCCCGGGCUGCCCCGCCGGUUCUGCCGGCCGCGCUACGACGUCGCCAUGGCAACCGGGCGGCGGCGGCGGGGUGGCAGCCAGGCUGGCGACGCGGCGGGCGGAGGGCGCGGGGACCGGAAGUGCCCCGGCGGGUCCGCGCACCCGGGACCGGGCCCGGGCCCGGCCCCCCAUGGUGCCUGGUCUGGGGACAGGGCCCCGCCAGGCCCGAACCUUGACGCCGGCGUGGCAGGGACUGCGGCGCGAGACCCGCCGCUACAGCGACCCGGCCUCCGGACCCGAGCUCGAGUAACCUUCGAAUUCGGGCCUCGCGACCUGGCUUCCGGGGUCCGGUGA